CUUUCUUACACGAUUUUGAUACCAGCUCACGUAUCGGAUUUCUGGGAUCUCUUCAAUCUACCAUCCACCAAUAUGAGCAGCUUCAACGUCACCACUGACGGCUCGCCCACCCCUCGCAAGGGCACCGGCAGGUUUAGCAUCGCCGAAGAUCUCCGCAUCGACACAUCCCCGGAGUGCUUGGGCGCGGUAGGCUUCCGUCACCAACCCCUCAAUCAGUUUGCCAACCCCAUGUUGACAUCUCAUAUGAAGAAGCAUCCGCUGGGACCUUCGCAGGGCAAUGCCUUGCCGUCUCAGGCGAACCGCAACGGAUUCAAGAACACCAAGGUUGAGACGAGCAACAACGAUGAGCCUUCCAUUGUUGACUCUCUGCUGCAGCGGCUUAAUGAGCGAUCCUCUCCAGACGACCUGUACGGCUCCUCCAACGGCUCCUUUCCCAUCACUCCUGCUACCGACGAGUUCGUUAGGAACACUCCCGCGACAGAGCCCGAUUCCGUCGUCGUCACUACUGCCGAGUACAAGAAGAUGCAAGCUGAACUCCUAGAGGCCCGUAGCGAGGUCGCUCGUGUCAACCAAGAGCUGCACAGCUCACAUGUCGCCAAGUCUACCGUGGACCACUUGGGACAGGUCUCUGAUAGCGAGUACAGCUACAACGAGGAGAUUACCGAGCAGACCCUCUCUCAACUGCAGAAGAACUUCAACGCUGCCAACCGACCCAACUAUGGAUGGGGUGCUGACUCUCGCGCCUUCUACAAUAACACUCAGCAGCAGCAGCAGCAUGGCUUCGGCCCUAAUCCACCUCAAGCUGCCGGUCGCCCUUCUCUUGUCCAGCCAAACUAUCGAGGCCGUAGCAGCUUUCUCAACGAGCCUACCCACUUUCCGAUCGAUCCCGGCUUCCGUGGUGGUAGCAACCCUCCGACUCGCCCGCCUUCGGCUCUGGAGCUCCAAUCCUACAACGGCCAGUACAUCGGUACUCCCCAGUCAUAUGGACCAGGCCCCAUUGGUGGCCCAAUGAUUAAGCUGUCACCUGAAGCAUCUGAGUUCAGCGCUAGCAACGGCUUCAGUGCCGGCAAUGGCUUCAUGGCACCAUCUCCUUGGAAUUCUCAGCCUCCGAGUGAGUCCGGUUCCGACUUCAAGUACAUCGGCUCUGCCGAGCCCAUGAACUAUCGCCGUCUCUUGGACCGCAACAUGAGCUGCAACUGGAAAAACAUUGUUGAUAAGAUCAUCUGUAACAACGACCAGCAAGCCUCUAUCUUCUUGCAGCAGAAGCUCAAGAUUGGAACGCCGGAGCAGAAGUUCGAGAUCAUUGAGUCUAUCAUCGCGCAAGCCUACAUGCUCAUGAUCAACCGCUUCGGCAACUUCCUUGUUCAGCGCUGCUUCGAGCACGGUACAUCCGAGCAGGUUGUUGCUAUUGCACAGGCUAUCCGCGGCAAUACUCUUAGCUUGAGCAUGGAUCCAUUUGGUUGCCAUGUGGUCCAGAAAGCCUUCGAUUGCGUUCCUGAGCAGUACAAGGCCAUCAUGGUUCAUGAACUAUUGCGUCGCAUCCCCGAGACCGUGAUCCAUCGCUAUGCGUGCCACGUUUGGCAGAAGCUCUUCGAACUGCGCUGGAGCGAUUCCCCACCUCAGAUCAUGCGCUAUGUCAACGAAGCCCUCCAGGGUAUGUGGCACGAGGUCGCCCUCGGAGAGACUGGUAGUCUUGUUGUCCAGAACAUCUUCGAGAACUGUUUGGAGGAGGACAAGCGUCCAUGCAUCAACGAGGUCCUUGCGAGCAUCGAUGUCAUUUCUCAUGGCCAGUUCGGUAACUGGUGCAUCCAGCACAUCUGCGAGCACGGUGCUCCAGCCGACCGCAGCCGUGCUAUUGACCACAUCCUUCGAUUCGCUACCGACUACAGCGUCGAUCAGUAUGCUUCCAAGGUCAUUGAGAAAUGUCUCAAGAUCGGUGGCAGCGAGUUCCUCGAGCGCUACUUGGAGCGUGUGUGCGAGGCUCGACCUGACCGCCCUCGCAUGCCGUUGAUUGACAUUGCUGGUGAUCAGUUUGGCAACUACCUGGUCCAGUACAUCCUUACCAACAGCAGCAACCAUCACCGUGAGAUUGUCGCUUCCCACAUCCGCAAGCACAUGGUCUCCCUUCGCGGGUCCAAGUACGGCUCUCGCGUCGCGAUGCUGUGCUGCAACCCAGCCAUGGCUACUCGCCCUGGUCCUCCAGGAAGCCUUCUUCCACCACGUUACGGCAACAAUGCCCAUCGCGGCGGCGGCGGCGGCGGAUACGGUGGUUUCCGCUAA